UGAUCCAGAGUGACAAUUUGGCUGUUGCUCUUUAAUUUUUCAGUUUUUAGCAAAAGAUUGAGUUGGAUAUGGUUCAAAUUAACGAAUGUUAUUAAUUAAUAUUAAAAUAAUAGCCUGCUAAAUUAUGGAAAUUAUGGAAACUAAUCCAUUGGACAGUCCCUUUAAGACCGGUGUGUAACGCGUUGUUGUUGAUACGCCUUUAUUCACUCAGCGAUGUUAGACUUCAGAUGUGUGAACAACUAUCCUUUGCCCUUACGCAGUAGGAAAUAAUGACGUAGUAGAUUAAAGUCAAUUAACAACCACAUUAAACAAUGCCGCCUUUUCGGUUUGACCGCGAACGUGAGACAAUCGAUAUGAUAACAGGACCCCUGUUAAUUGAUCGAUUUUGACAAGUAGCGUAGUCUGCCUAUUCGGGUAGGCAUUGUCAUGGAGACGCUGCAGAUAUACACAGAUUCGAGGUGCAGUUAAGCCUAAGAUAAGGUGUGAAUGGCUACCAAGUUUACUGCAAGCCAGGAGCUAGACGUAUUUAAGGAAGAGAAAGAUGGUCUCUUACGAGAGGUCGGCAACCAGGCGGUGUGGUCUUUGUCCUCUUGCAAACCUGGUUUUGGUGUAGAACAGCUAAGGGAUAGUUCUUUUGAGACGUACUGGCAAUCUGAUGGCCCCCAGCCCCAUCUCGUGAACAUACAGUUCCGCAGGAAGACAACUAUACAAGAUGUGUGUAUCUAUACAGACUACAAGGCUGAUGAAAGCUACACACCAAACAGGAUCUCCAUACGAGCAGGCAGCCAUUUCAACGACUUAGUCGAGGUGGAACAGAUUGAGCUCAAUGAGCCCAUUGGCUGGAUAUGUGUCCCCCUGAAAGACCUCACGAGUGGCAAGCCAGUGCGAGCCUUCAUGAUACAGAUUGCCGUGCUGUCCAACCAUCAGAACGGGCGCGACACUCACGUCCGCAGGAUCAAGAUCAGGGCACCUGUACAGACCUCCAAGCUUCCACUGUUCACCAGCAUAGAUUUUAAUAUGAAAUCAAUUUUAAGAUAAUCCUUUUUCCGUUUUUGGAUCGAGUGGGAAAAUCUGGUAUCUUGAUCAUUUUUGUAUCAGAAACAUUAGGUUCAUAUUCAUACCUCAGCCUGCAUUCUGGGUAGUUAAGUGGAAGUAGCUAUCAGUGCACCAUUCUCUUGUAUUAGAAGUGUUUUCAUGUGUGGAUUCUAUGCCUGGGUGAAUCUCAAAUCAGAGCAUGUGAAAUACGUGUAGAAGGUGUGGUUAAACAUAUCAUCAGGUAAUAUUUCGUUUAAGUUAUUGUCUUGAGAUGACAAGCGUCCUAAAAAAGUUGUGGUUUAUGUCUUGUACUGCUGUUUAGGAUAUCUUGCUUUGAGUGAUUUGAGAUCUUUUAAUUUACUUAAGGAUACACUGGAAUGUUCCUGGUAUUAUUUUCAGUACAUGAAUGUAACUCCUUUAUAGAGAAUAAGAUUGUUUUUUGGCUACUCAGUCUUUAUGUGCACUAUUGAUUGAAAACAAAAUUUGGAUUAAUGGGUAGCGGCAACCCCUUUAAAUAAAGUAGCUGUAUGGGCAUUGCCGUGGCGUAGAUGAUAUGGUGUCCGCCUAGCGACUUGGAGGUCACGGGUUCGAUCCCCACUGUGGGAGCAUUCUUUAGAUCUUUCUCAUAGACACAAAGUACUGGUUCCAGGCCCAGGAACCAGACUCGAGAGCGUUUAAAAUCAGCCUUAGGCUUUGUUUGCAAUCAAUCUAAAAUAAAUAGGUUUAAACUUUAAACUAAAUGAAAGAUACCUUAAAAAUAAUUAUGAUACUGUUAUAAUGUUUUGUUUGUGUUGCUAUUAAAAUGAAGAUAUUUCUUUCCAUUAUGUGUUUUUAUAGAAGGUAUUAGGUAGACUUACAGGUGCAUGAAUAAGGCACCAUUUAAAAAGUGUGUGUUAACAAAUAACUGAAGGUUUCUGGUUCAUAUAAUUAUUUAUUUCAGCAAUAAAAUACAAUGUAACUGUUUUUUAUGUGUUCGUAUUUGGUAUUAAAUAUAUACUUACAAGUA